UACAAGUAUAUAUACUUCCCCAUCUAUCUAUCUAUCUGCUCUGAGGCUCUAACCCUUUGUUGUUGGCUUUGGUUUGAAGCUAAUUAAGAGACAAUUUUCUUUCCCUCAUACAGUACAUCAUUUCUGCAUGCUGCAACAUGUCAGGAAAAAAACGCUAUGCUAUUGCUCAAUAUAGCGCUCUUGUUGUUAUUGAUGGGUUACGAACGGUGUUACAUGAAGUUAGUGUGAAGCAACAUCUAUCUAAAUUGGUUGGCAAACUCUAUAGGCAGUUGGAAGAAAAAAAGAACGACCUGAUUUCAAAUCGUGAUCGUGUGAGUGCAAAAUAUAAAGCAAUUGAUCAUAGAAUUGAUAAGGUGAGCGAUGAUGUGAUCAAGUGGCUAAAAGAAGCAGACAUACUCAUACAAGAGGUAGAAAAACUCAUACAAGAGGUAGAAAAACUCAUACAAGAGGUGAAGAAUCUGAAAAUACAAUCUGGAGUACCAUCAUGGAAUGAAUAUCGAGAAUUGCAAAAAAAAAUAAUAAGACUGAAUGAGAAAUGUGAAUUUGACCCAUUUUCAACUCGAAUUCCAAGUUUAGAGCACUUUUCUAAUGGAAAUAUUAUGUGUUUUAAGUCUAGAGAGGAGACUUCAGAUCAACUUUUAGAGGCAUUCAAGGAUGAUGAUUGUUCUAUGAUUGGCUUGUAUGGUAAGCAGGGAUCUGGUAAAACAGCAUUGGUGAAAGCAAUGGGUGAGAAAGUCAAGUAUUUAAAUAUUUUUCAUGAAAUUUUAUUUGUCAGUGUGACCAAAAACCCAAAUAUCACAGCAAUGCAAGAUGAAAUUGCUGACUCCUUGAAUAUUAGAUUUGAUGAAGCCGAAAGAGCAAGACUAAUAUCUUCCACCAUAGAAAAUAUGGAUCGUCCAAUACUUGUGAUCUUUGAUGAUGUUCGGGAAAAAUUCAACCCAGAGGAUGUAGGCAUUCCACUGAAAAGUAAUCGAUGCAAGGUCCUUUUGAUCACAUUUUUCCAACAAGACUGUGACUUGAUGUACUGUCAAAGGAAGAUUCAACUUAAUCCCUUAUCUACAGAGGAAACUUGGACUUUGUUCAAAAAAAAAUCAGGUAGUAUUCAUGAUGAGUACUUAUGCUCGAUUGACUUAUUGAAUCUCGCACGUGAAGUUGCUUCCAAAUGUGAAGGGUUACCUAGAAAAGUAGAAGAUGUAGGACAUCGCUUAAGAGGUGAACCAAUAGAGAAAUGGAAAGUAUUGCUAGACAGUUUGAAACAUUCGUUAACUAAAUACCAAAUUUUCCUCAGUUUUAGAGGGAUAGAUACCCGCGACACAUUUACAGGUUCUCUUUAUCAUGCUUUAGACCAAAUGGAAUUCACAACCUUCUUUGAUGGUGAUGGCCUACACACUGGAGACCAAAUUUCACCAACUCUUUUAAAUUCAAUUGAAGCAGCAAGGCUUUCAAUUGUUGUUUUGUCUGAAAACUAUGCAAGUUCCACAUGGUGUCUUGAUGAACUUGUCAAGAUUCUUGAAUGUAGGAAAUCGAAUAAUCAAUUAGUUUGGCCGAUCUUUUUCAAAGUGGAGCCAUCAGAAAUAAGGUAUAUGAGAGAAUGUUAUGGCAAAGACAUGGCUCGACAUGAAAGAAGAUUUGGAAUAGACUCGGAGAGAGUACAAAAAUGGAGAUCAGCUUUGAUCGAAGUGUCUAAUAUAUCCGGAAAGACUUAUAGAUCCGGGUACGAAUAUAAACUUAUUCAAGAGAUCGUGGAAGAUGCUAAAACUCAUGUGCAAAACAAAACAUCAAGCAAAAAACCCUAUGCUGUUGUUCAGUAUGGUUGUCUUCUUGUAACUCAUGCGGUAAAGAAGGCGGUAGAGGAAGUUGAUGGAAAUAAAUGUUUAUCUGAUUGGUUUAGCAAAGGCUAUAUGAAAGUUGAAAGACAAAAGAAGAAACUCAUUUCAAAUCGUGAUCGUGCGCGUGCAAAAGUUGAAGCAAUUGAUUGUAAAACUGAAAAGGUUAGAGAUGUUGUGUUUGAGUGGCUAAAAGAAACAGACAUGAUCAUACAAGAAAUGGAGAAUCUUACAAUACAAUCAAAACCGCCAUCAUGGAAUGAAUUUAAUGAAUUAUAUGAAAAAAUAAAGGCACUAAAUGGGAAAUGUGAAGGGUUACCUGAAAAAAUUAUAAAGGUGGGAUCUUCCUUCGGAAGUAAACCAAUUGAGGAAUGGAAAGCAUCACUUGCUAAAUGGCAGAUUUUCCUCAGUUUUAGAGGGGAAGAUACUCGUCAGUCUUUUACAGGUUUUCUCUAUGAUGCUUUGUGCCGGGAGGGGUUCAAGACCUUCAUGGAUGAUGAGGAACUGAAAGGCGGGGAGGAAAUUUCAUCAUCUCUAGUCAAAGCAAUUGAGGCAUCAAGGAUUUCAAUUGUUGUUUUUUCUGAAAACUUUGCAGAUUCUCCUUGGUGUCUAGAUGAAUUGGUCACUAUUCUUAAGUGUAAAAAGAUGAAGAACCAAAAGGUUUUGCCAAUCUUUUACAAAAUAGAACCGUCCGAUGUAAGGCAUCAGAAAAACAGCUAUAAAAGAGCCAUGGCUAAGCAUAAAAAAGAGUUUGGAAAUGACUCUGAGAAGGUAAAGGAAUGGAGGUCAGCUUUAUCUGAAGUUGCUAACUUGAAAGGAAUAGCUUCCAAUUGUAGCUACGAAUAUAAACUAAUCGGAGAGAUUGUGAAAAUGACCAAUGAUAUUAAAAAUAGUUUGUGUAUGCAAACGGACUAGAAGGAAGGUUUCCAAUUUUCUUAUAAUGAAGUCAUGCAUGCAAUUAGUUGUUUGUUAAGAAAUGGAUUGAAGUUGUAACUUAUUGUAAUAUUUAGAGACAAACAUUAUGUCACUUGAUCUACUAGUCAAAGCCUUGAGGCCUAAGGUCUUUCAUGAGCUUAUUGUCCAUAUGAUUGUUAUCAAUAAGAAUGUCUAUUGCUUUUGGUUUAAAUACUAUUACACGGUUGAGACUCGGACGAGUUAGUUAGACUUCUGGUUAGGAAGUUAGUUUCUUAACUGAAUUAGUUAGGGAUUUGUUAGCAAAUACAUUUGCUUCACUAUUGUACAUAAGUUUAACCCUUUGUAUUUUUCAUUCAUUGAAUCAAUUUAAUCAAGUAUCUUUCAUU